ACACACUCGCGUGCAACUAACUGAACUCACCCUUGUACUGUGCACAAAGGUUAGGUUAGGCACCAUUAUUAGUCUUCAUGUCUCAUAGAAACCGUUUUACAAAGAUAUUCUUUUUUGUGAAUACAAAAGGGGUGAGUCAAUUACGUUGCACGCGUGAAAUCAAGAAGAUCAAGCAAACAUUUGUCGGAUAAAUUAAUGGUCAUGAUUUUUGACUACGAACUUUUGUUACGAUCAUCAAGAUAGAUAAGAAUAAUACGACAUUUUCGACAUUGUUCAGGAGCUGGGUAGACAAAAUAUAAUAAGUAUUAGCAAUACAUAUUUGAGGAUAGACAUCUCAUUGUGCAAAUUGAACAUCAGCAAUAUGUUUUUAAGGAAUUAGAAUAGGCAAUUCUGCGUACAAAUUGACAAUCGGCAAUAGAUUUUUGGAGCCCCUGGUCUUUCUUAUCAAAUAUUGCUAGCGGAACGUACAUCUAAAUCUAUUAAGUGUAACGGGUUUUAUAAGGUGAAAUACCUUUGAAACGUGAAAUUGUUGACAAUGGUCAGUUGAAAAUGAUUAUGUACUUAUUUAUUAUUCAUUGAUCGUGUUUAAAAUUAAAAAUAUCUCUUCGCGGCUGGCUGGUGCACAAUUGGAAAAUUGAUCGCCGUUAAUCACAAGUUGUACUCAAAUUGUGUGCCCAAGUCACACUUCAAAUUUGAAUACUAAUACAGCUAUGAAAGGCUAUAAAAUUACUAAUUGUGCGCAAGACAAGAGAGUCGGCAUCGUUGGCAGUUCAAUGAACGAUAUUUUUAUUAAAGGAUGUCAGAAAUUAAAGAUGGAUAGUACACAUGUGACUAUGUUGUUACUUGAUGGUACAAUAAUAGAUGAUGAAGAUUAUUUUCAAACGUUGCCAGCACAAACAUUAAUAAUGUUUCGUUUGGAUGGGGAACCUUUUCAAACAGCGAAUCCCAUUGUACUGGCAGUGCUAUGAAAAUAAGCAGUUCUAAAUCCAUCCCUUGCCAUUGGUGAAAGUGCUAUCCCAUAUAAU